CUCUGACGGACAUUAAGCUGUGGGCGAUCGACCGACAGGGUUUCCAGACCAUCAUGAUGAGAACUGGUCUCAUCAAACACUCCCAGUACACAGACUUCCUGCGCAGCGUCCCCUCCUUCCAGUCUCUACCUGAGGACGUCCUCAGUAAACUGGCGGACGUUCUGGAGGAGACUCAUUACAGCGACUGUGAUUACAUCAUCCGUCAGGGCGCCACGGGAGACACGUUCUUCAUCAUCAGCGAAGGACAGGUGAAAGUGUCCCAGCAGAACUCACGCGGUGACGAGCAGGUGACGGUGAAGACGCUCUCUAAAGGAGACUGGUUCGGAGAGCAGGCUCUGAAAGGGGAGGACGUUCGAACAGCCAGCGUCACGGCUGUGGGCGACGUCACAUGCCUGGUCAUCGACAGAGAGUCGUUCAAACAGCUGAUCGGAGGGCUGGAUGACGUCAACAACAAGCAGUACGACAGCGACGAGGUCAAAGCCAACCUGCAGGCGGAGGCAGAUUUCUUCUCCAGCGUGUCGCUGACUGAUCUGAACAUCAUCUGCACUUUGGGGAUGGGAGGCUUCAGUCGGGUGGAGCUG